GGACAGAUGGACAUGGGGAGGGAGGGACAGACAGACAGACAUGAUCCGCUUCAUCCUGAUCCAGAACCGGGCGGGCAAGACCCGCCUGGCCAAGUGGUACAUGCAGUUCGACGAUGACGAGAAGCAGAAGCUCAUCGAGGAGGUGCACGCCGUGGUCACCGUGCGUGACGCCAAGCACACCAACUUCGUGGAGUUCCGCAACUUCAAGAUCAUCUACCGGCGCUACGCGGGGCUUUACUUCUGCAUCUGCGUGGACGUCACCGACAACAACCUGGCCUACCUGGAGGCCAUCCACAACUUC